AUGCAGAAGUCAAUCACCUCAUUUUUCGGAGGGCCGAAAGACGGGGCAGCAGACCCGCCUUCCCCCCCCAAGCCGCGCCCGCCUUCUGCCAAACCCUCUCCCAAGCCAAAGCCGAAGGCAGCCAAGAAAGCCCCCGAGCCCGCCGCUACCAAGAAACCGAAACCGAGGCGCGUUGUCGACGGCGACGGCGAGGAUGAGGCGAAGCCGGCGUCUCCUUCCCCGGCGGGGACCAGCAAUGCCGAGGAGAAGGGCAACGGGGAGAGCCUUUCCCCGGAGAAGAAUACGGCGGUAGCCGCCGGAAAGCGGAAGCAGGCCGCGGGAGAGGGCGCCGCCGAGGAGGAGGAGACGGCAGCGGCGGCGGCACCCCGAGGUGGGAAGGCCGGGGACGACGAGCUGGAGGGGGGGGAGGAUGCGCCGGCCCAAAAGAAGCCUAGGAGGUUGCGUCGCCUCGCCGAGAAGAAGGCCAACGCCGCUGCGGAGGACAGCGACGACGACAUGUUCGGAGCAGGAGCGGCGGUAGGGGAAGAGACUGCCAAGGGCGAAAAGAAAAGCGCCGCCAUGGACGUGGUGGAGCUAGGCAACGACGACGACGACGGAUCAGGAGAAGAAGAAGCAGAAGAAGAAGCAGAACCGCACACUGCCGGAGAGGAGGAGGAGGAGGAGGAAGAGGAGGAGGAGGCGGGGGAAGAGGAAGAGGAUGAGGAUGAGGAGGAUGCGGGCGAGGUGGAAGGGGAGGGGGCGAAGAAGACGAAGGGGGCGAGCGGCACCGUGGCGAGCGCGCUCAUGGCGGGCGCCAAGAGGGCCAGUGGCGCGCCCCCGCCCAAGAAAAAAGUCAAGGGCAGCACGGCGGCCAGCCUCGUGAUAGCCAAAACGGAAGACCUCCUUGCCAAGGCGUCCUGGAAGAAGGGCCAGCCUGUUCCUUUCUCUGCGGUUGCCGAGAUGUUCGACCGCGUCGAGCAGACGUCAAAGAGGUUGGAAAUCCAAGAGAUUCUUCGCGGCUUCUUGUGUACGGUCAUAGCCCUCACCCCGGAGGACCUGGUUCCGUGCGUCUACCUUGCAUGCAACCAGCUCGCGCCUUCCUACGAAGGCAUGGAGCUCGGCAUCGGAGAUAUGGUGCUGCAGAAGUCUAUCCAGGGGGCUACAGGACGUUCGGCGAAAGACAUCAAAGCGGCCGCGCAGAAGGCCGGGGACCUGGGGGAGGUGGCGCAGCACUCCACCAAGUCGCAGGGGACGCUCUCGUUCGGGCAGACCAUCAAGGCCCUCUCCGCGAGAGAUGGAUUGGAGAGGUACCGAGCCAUCGCUCGUGUCAAGGGCAACUCCUCGGGGGAAGACAAGAUCAACCGCAUCAAGAAGAUGCUGGUGUCCUGCAAGGGCCUCCAGGCCAAGUACAUCAUCCGGGGGCUCCAGGGGAAGAUGCGCGUCGGCCUCACCGACACCACCGUCAUGGUCUCUCUCUCCCACGCCGCAGUGACGUGCCCGUCCGAGGCCGUGCUGGCCGCAGAAGAAGCGGAGAAAGUUCUUGCGGACCAGGAGCGCGAGGGAGGGAAGGCGGACGACGACUGCGGCGGCGGCGGCGGCGGCGGGAAGGGCGAAGGGGACGAACGACCAGUCGAUGCCACCGGCGAGGAGAAAGCGGGGGGCUCCGACGAUGGGAAAGAGGGGGUGGCAGGGGAGCCGGCGGCGGUGGCGGACAAGUCCGGUGAUGGAAAAGAUGGCGGCGGCGGGGAGGAAGAGGAUGCUUCGCAGGAGGAGGAAAUCGACGGUCUUAUCCCUGUUGCGCGAGCGCUCCGUGACACCCCGGCGAGCCACUUGGAACAGAGAUUGGAACUGGCCUGCCAGUUGGUCAAGCAGGCGUACUCGGAAUGCCGCAACCUUGACCAGAUCAUCAAGGCCAUCCUUUCGACCCCGCUGUACAGGCUCCAGCAGGCAUGCAGGUUGACGCCAGGCGUGCCUGUGCUCCCAAUGCUCGCCAAGCCCACCAAAUCCAUCGGGGAGGUGCUGCAGAGGCUGUCCGGCCAGGAGUUCACUUGCGAGUACAAGUACGACGGCGUGCGAGCGCAGGUCCACCACAAGGAGGACGGGAGCCUGCGGUUCUUCAGCCGCAACAGCAAGGACAGCUCGUCCGAACUCCCCGACCUCAUCCCGGUCAUGAAGGACUGCGUGAAAGAGGGGGUGUCGUCGUACGUCAUCGACACGGAGGUGGUGGCCUACGACCGGGAAACCGGGAACCUCCUUCCGUUCCAGAUGCUGUCUACCCGCGGCCGGAAGGAUGUGGACGCGGAGGACGUGAAGGUCAAGGUCAUCGUGGAAGCAUUCGACAUGCUCUACCUUAACGGCCAGUCGCUGCUGCAGAAGCCGUUGAAGCAAAGAAGGAGGCUCCUGCGCAGCACUUUCAAGGAGGUGGACGGACGCUUUCGAUUCGCCACCUUCAUGGAUCACAAGGAGGACGGUGACACCGGGCCCAUCGAAGAGUUCUUGUCAGAAGCUGUCAAGGGGAACUGCGAGGGGCUUAUGGUCAAGACGCUUACGGCAAACUCUUCCUACGAGCCGUCCAAGAGGUCCCUCAACUGGCUCAAGCUCAAGAAGGACUACCUCCAGGCCGACGGUGGGGGCGUGGGAGACUCGCUUGACCUCGUCCCCAUCGGCGCCUUCUUUGGGAAGGGGAAACGCACGGGCAAGUACGGGGCGUACUUGUUGGCUUGCUACGAGCCCGACCGAGAGGAGUAUCAAUCGGUCUGCAAGAUCGGCACCGGUUUCACCGACGAGAUUCUCAAUUCUUUCUGGGAGGAGCUUAAGGAGCACACGGUGGAGCAGCGUCCGAGGUACUAUAACGUGGCGGACAGCCUCUCGCCGGACGUCUGGCUUGCACCUCACAAGGUGUGGGAGGUUAAGUGCGCCGACCUGUCCAAGUCUCCCGUCCACAAGGCCGCCAUCGGAAAAAUCGCGCAGGAGCCCGACCGCGGCAUCAGUAUCCGCUUCCCCCGUCUGUUGCGGGAGCGGGAAGACAAGGACCCGGAGCAGGCCACUACGUCGGACCAGAUUCUGGAUAUGUAUGAAGGCCAAGAUGUGGUCAAGAGCAACGCAGCUGGCGGACAAGCGAACAAUGCUGCUGACGACGACUGGGAGCUGUAGCUGGUGCGAUGGCAUUAUCGCUCCCGUAGUUAAAAAGGUGGUAGAGGGACAAUCCCCGCGUUUGUCAACGAGAGUGUUGCACACAGGAACUAUGGAGCGAUGGCGUGAAGGGCCCACCAUACCAACACUAGGAGCGCGCAUUAUAGCAAACGAGCGCGCGAUUUGAUGCCUGUCCGCGAAAUCUUCUUCAACCGAUUCAGGCUACGGCCUAACUUGG